GUGAUGCUGUGCUUUCUGCUCCUGACGCUCCUCUGGACGCUGGUCACUGCAGCGCUGCAGUCGUCCACAAACACUGCCGCAAGCCUGCAGGACGAUGGAACAAGGCCGUAUAUUUACCGCUGCCGCUCGCCCAACAUGGAGAUCUUCACCUGCUGGUGGCGUCCGAUCGUGAAUCAGGACAACGUCACCUACACGCUCCAGUACACCACGGGUGAGCGCGCUCCUCGGGAGUGUCCCGAUUACGUGAGCGGCGGCAUCAACAGCUGCUUCUUCGAUGCCAGACACACUCAGGUCUGGGAGAUGUACUGCCUGAACGUGACGGCGCACACACGCACCGGACCCAUCGCCUCCCACAAACACUGCGUGGACGUGGCUGAUAUAGUGGAGAUCGACCCGCCCUUUAACCUGUCGUACGUCAUGCUGAACGAGAGCGUGGGGGAAUCGAGCCGCAGUAUUCUGCUGUCCUGGCUGAAUCCGAUUGAGUCUCAGGUGCGUGAGGGAUGGAUCACGCUCGUCUACGAGCUGCGCUACAGACACCUCGCUCAGCCGGACAACUGGAGGGUAAAAGAGCGUUUGCGAGAGCCUCAUGUGGAGUUGUUGGAUCUGCCGGUGGGAAAGUAUGAGUUCAUGGUGCGCUGCCGCUCCACCAACAGCAAACACUGGAGCACAUGGAGCGAGUCCAUCAACAUCAGCAUCGUCAGCAGACCUCUGUCCGAUCGGAUGUUGGCCUUGAUCCUCGUGACCAGCAUCGCCAUCAUGGUCUUCCUCAUCGUGGGUUUGGGGAUCGCCCCGCGAGGCAAGAGAAUUAAAUCGUUCCUCCUGCCACCGAUUCCCAAGCCGCGCAUCCGAGGGAUUGAACCGGUUCUGCUGAAGAAGGGGAAGAUUGACGAGAUCAAUCGUCGUUUCUCCAGCUUUCACGGCUAUAAGUCGCCGCAGUACAGCAUAGAGACGUGUUACCAGGUGAGCGUGGACCCAUGUCUGUCUGCGACGCCGUAUAAACGCGAGGACACACCGAUCGCCGACAGACAACCGCCUGUGCAGACGAGCUGCAGUCCUGCGCCCUACUGCCGUGGCCCCGCCCCCUACUGCGAGGGAGCCAUGUCUGCUUCAAACCCUGACCCCGCCCCCUUCUGCGAGGGAGCCACGCCUACUUUAAACCAUGGCCACACCCCCUACAGUGAGGGAGCUCCGCCUCCUUCAAACCAUGGCCCCUCUCCUUAUUGUGUAGGAGCCCCGCCUCCUUCAAACCCUGGCUCCGCCCACCCGGAGCUCAUGUGUGCCCCAGGCAUGGACUACAGCAUGAUUCUAAACCCCGCCCUCACGCUGCCACAGGACUUCUACACCUGUGUGAAGGGCGUGACGCCCGGCGGAGCGCUGCACCUGGUGCCCUGUCUACCCGACGCACUGAAGAACACGCCCUACCUGCAGUUCACAGACGACUGCGCAGACAAGAGCAGCCAGCUGACGGUGCUGCUGGAGAAGCAGAUGGAGGCGCUGUUGAGCUCGAGCGACUCGGACCCCAGCGAAGCUGCCCUGCCUUUGCUAACUCACUCAUCAGACACGAACUGAGCACAAACCAGGAGCUAACGCACAUGCGACAUACAAUCUCACACACACACACACACACACACUAACAGUCACGCAGUCUGUGCUGGAUUGUCUCGAUAGGACACAUGACUGGUGUUUCUGUUCAGAACGAGCACAUUCACUUCCAGCACAAGCAUAUUUUUUCACUGCACGAUAAGAAACGAGGUUGUUGACGUUGAAGCAUGAUCAGAUCAAAGCAGGAGCAUCGCAUCAGCGGAUGUGAUUUGAGCUAUAUUUGUGACCCUGGAGCACAAAACCAGUCAUAAGGGUCAAUUUUUCGAAAUUGAGAUU